CGUCUUUUGUCUCUCUUCAGUCGAUUAUAACCUUCCAAGUCAGACCCUGAUAUAUAUAUCUCUAUCUCUUUUACUCCAUUUUCACAAGUAUUACACCAUGGCUGUCACUUUCGUCCCCGCGGAGGAGAUCGACCGCACCUUCGCCCACACCACCAACUUGGCCUCAGCCAACCUCAACAGCAAGAUCCUCUCCACCUCCAACGACUACUUCGCCGAGGCCAAGAACCUCCUCACUCCCACGCCCCCCAUCAACCGUCCCGGAGUCUUCGUUCACACCGGCGCCUGGUACGACGGCUGGGAGACCCGUCGCCACAACCCCGAGCCCUACGACUGGGUCGUGAUCAAGCUAGGCGUCGCCAGCGCCGCCAUCCAGGGCGUCGAGAUCGACACGGGCUUCUUCAGCGGCAACUACGGCGAGAAGGCCGAGCUGCAGGGCACCUACGCCCCCGCCGACAGCGGCAUCACCGACGCCCAGAUCGCCGACCCCGCCUUCUCCGGCUGGUCGACCAUUCUCCCCCCGCAAGCGCAAGGCCCAACCCAGCGCCGCGGCUACAAGCUCAACGACUACAACCCUGCCUCCCCGACCCCCUACACCCACGUGCGCCUGCUGAUGUACCCGGACGGCGGGUUCGGCCGUCUCCGCGUCUACGGCCACGCCAUCCCCCCGCCCCCACCGGCCGUCAGCGGGGCCGGCGCUCCCCUCGAGGAGCUCUCCUCCGCGCUGCUAGGCGGUCUUGCCCUCGCCGCCUCAGACGAGCACUACACCCCGUCGUCGAACCUGCUGCUCCCCGGCCGCGGACAGCACAUGGGCGACGGGUGGGAGACGGCGCGGUCGCGCACCCCAGGCCACGUCGACUGGACGGUCAUGAAGCUGGGUCUGCCUGGGACAGUGAGCCGCGUCGUCGUCGACACCAAGGACUUCCGCGGGAACUUCCCGCGCCAUGUGCGCGUCCACGGUCUGCUCGCUGGCCAGGUUGGUGCCACCGAGGUGCCUGCUCCGGACCAUCCGGGCUGGAUUGCGCUGUUGGCGGGUGAUAAGCCUACCCAGGCGGAUACGGAGCAUGUCUUUGAGGGUGCGGAUCUGGCGGCUGGUGGGGAGGAUGCUCGUACUUUCUCGCAUGUGAAGCUGACACUGGUGCCGGAUGGUGGUGUUAAGCGGUUGCGGAUUUUCGGUCGUCGUGCUGCUGUUUAGGGGAUGUUAAAUGUAGGACCUGAUGUGAAGUUCGUCGCAAUGUAAAUA